GCGCCCUGUCUCAGCUGAUGUGGCAGCAGUGUGAACCAUAAGUGUUGGCAGAUCCAAGUAACCUGCUGGAGCCAAGGUGGAUGACGAGUACCACUAAAACACCACUCCAACACCACUCUCAGUGCUGCCCUCAGUGCUGCCUUCAAUCUUUACUAACCUACCCACUUGCUCGUUCUACAAUCGCUAUUUCUAUCAAUCCAUCAAUCCAACAAUCCAACCUUACUCGACUUAUUUCCAACAUUCUCCAUCAUCUUACAUUUCAUUCACUUCUUUUCAUUGUACACCGCUAAAUAAUCCCCAUGGUUUGGAGCCGAUAAUGUCCGUGUCUCUUCGUUAGCCAACCAUCCUUUUUACCAAGCUUCGAACGAGAUCUCUUGUCAAUCAAGAUCUUGAUCCUUCGACCCUCGACCCUCGACCUUCGACUGGUAUUAAUCAUGCCGGAGGAAGAGACAUCGCCCUUACUUUCAGCCGCCAUGAAGGGUAAGACCGCCUCUCGCGAGCGGUCUGGCUCGACCGAGUCAACACCCCUCCUAUCGAGUUCAUCCGCAACCCCUCGUUACGACGGAGACAUCGAUGAACACGAUGAGAACGCCGCUCUUUUGGACCAGUCCAACCGUACAGAUGGCCAAUCCCUUGCACUUGCCAUUAAGCCAACCAGAAGAUGGCCCUCCUUUGUAGCCAUGGGCGUCCUUGCGGCUGCAGUCAUUGCUAUCAUCGUCCUUGCAUUUAUCGUUCCCGAAGCAGUACAAGAAUAUUCUGAGCAAGCUGCCGUCGUCGAACCUACCAACCUCGCUCUUGACUCCAUCACCCCAACCGGCGUUCGAGCUCGUAUACAAGCCAAGUUCCAUCUAGACGGGUCCAAGGUCAGCAACCCCAAUGUCCGAAACAUAGGAAGAGCCGUUACAUGGGUCGCAUACCAACUUGAAAGCAAAGAGACCAAGGUGGACGUGCGUCUACCUGACUACAAUAACAUACUUCUCGGAAGCGCAAUCGUCCCACCUCUGCUGGUCAACUUGCGAGAUGGCGAUACAACUCAGUUCGACUUUGUCAUAGAUAUCACACCUGGAGACCUUGAAGGCAUCCGUAUAAUUGCAAAGGAAUGGCUAGAUGGAACCUUGGACUCUCUGCGCCUGGAUGGACAGGCUGAUGUCACUGUCAAAUCCGGCAUCUUCCCCCUUGGGACGCAUUUUAUAUCGGAAUCGCUCGUAUUUGAAGCGAACAAAAUCCCUGCGAUUCCGAAGUACAAUAUCAGUCGCUUCAACGUCGAGGACGGUCCGAUGAAUGGGUCAAUGCUAGCUGAUGUGUCUCUGUCAGUAUUCAACGAGUGGCCGGUGGAACUCGAUAUACCUGAGCUUGCGUUUGAUAUUAUGGUACCUGGCUGCGUCGCCUCCGACCCGUCCAUCCUCGUAGCAGAAGCAGGCAACGGUCCAAUCCACGUCACCCCUCAUAGUGAUGUAGAUGCCGAUGUCAAAGCGGUCAUUCAUGAGCUUCCCGAAUCUUUGACCCACGUUUGCCCUGACUCCACUUCGUCUCCUUUAGAUAACUUGCUACAACAAUACAUGCAUGGUGAUCCCGCCAUGGUGCUUGUUCGUGGGAGUCGUCAUCCUGAUGGCGACACACCAAAAUGGAUUGCUGAUCUACUUUCAAGUGUCACUGUCCCUGUUCCAUUUCCUGGGCGGAGCUUGGAUGGCUUAUUGAAGACCUUCUCGUUAACUGACGUUCACUUCACUAUGCCGGAUUCUUCUGCCGACCCGGAGGACCCGGACGCCAACCCUAGAGUCUCUGGGAAUAUUUUCGUUACUGCAGGCCUUCCAUCCGAGAUGAACUUUGGUAUAGACGUGACGAAUAUCCGCGCUACGGCCGAUGUGCUUUACAAAUCACAAAAAUUGGGAGAGCUCAACGUACGCGAGUGGCAACAUGCAAACUCAACCAGGGUUCAGGGCACUGGAGACGAAGGACCUUUACUCAAAAUUCAGUCGCGGAUCAAUGAUGCGCCCCUGAACAUAACCGACGGCGUCGUAUUUGGUCAGGUCAUUCGGGCACUGCUGUUCGGCAUUGAACCAGUCCGCCUGCAUAUAAACGCCUUGGUUGACAUCAAGGUGCAUACCACGCUGGGGAAUCUCACUCUCAAGGAGGUUCCUGCAGAAGGCAAAAUUCCAGUAAAACCCCUUCCCAAAGGCGCCAUUGGCAAUAUCGAUCCAAAGAUAGGGUCAAUCAGGGUUCUAGACACGACAACGGACUCGAUAACGUUGCAAGCAUUAGUCAAUAUUACCAACCCUACAGCCUAUACAGCUUACGUACCGUAUGCCAACAUUCAUGUUUUGAACAACGGCUCUGUACUCGGAAGUGCUACCGUAGAGAAUAUAGACAUUGUCCAGGGCUCCAAUGCCAAUGUGCUUGUCACGGCAAAAUGGAGCCCGCGCAUGGGAGGCGUUCACGGUCGAAAAGUAGGACAAGAGCUUAUAUCGCAAUAUUUGUCUGGCUGGAAUACAAGCAUCACGGUCAAAGCUCACCGAGACAGCAUUCCAGGCCAGCCUAUUCUCAGCGAAGCUUUGUCCCAAUUCAAUAUGACGUUCGCCGCUCCGAAACUAGACCUGCCAGACGACACGCCCGGAGAGAAGCCUCACUUCAUCAGAGAUGCAACGUUUCACAUUCUCUCAUCAACAGCGACGUUCACGCUUGUGUCGCCACUUCAUUACAACACGCUAUACAUAGAUUUUGUUAAUGCAACCGCAUUAUAUAAUCAUACCGAACCUAUGGGGCAGAUAUAUUACGACCUGCCAUUCUCAGCUCCUCCUGGCAAGUCGCAAACCCCCAAACUACCUGUCAGAUGGUCCCUAGAUUCAGUGGGAUAUGAUGCUGUGAAGAAAGCGCUUGGGGGGCAUCUGAAGUUGGACGCAUACGCGGAUGUGGAUGUGCGUCUAGGAAAUUGGAAAGAGUCACUGUGGUAUAGAGGUGAGGGCAUCGGUGCCAGAGUACAGCUUUAGAUUCGAUUUUCUUUAUAGUAUGAAUUGGCGUUCUGGGAUGCAAGCAGGUUUUUGAAGGUAUGCCAAGUAGGCAAGGCGUUGGUUAAUCGGUCACUCCAAAACGAGAGCAUAGGAUGAGCAUAGGAUGAGCAUAUGAAUAUAACUACCUAACGUACAAAUAAUAAG